AUGGAGGAGACAGGAGGCGCAAGUGCGUACGGGGCUGCGCUCGCAGGAGGAGGCUUUGACUUCUACAAGUUCGCCCGACAACCCCAAACUAUUGUGCGGGUGCUCAGUUGGGUGUUUGCCAUUGUGGUGUUUGCUUGCAUCACAACAGAAGGAUACAUCAACCCUUUACACAGCUCUGAAGCAACGUGCAUCUUCAACCAGAAUGACUCUGCGUGCCACUAUGCUGUUGGUAUCGGGGUGAUUGCCUUCCUGGCGUGCGUGGCCUUCCUGAUGUUGGACGUUUAUGUCCCAUUUAUGAGCAACGCACAGGAAAGGAAGUUUGUUGUUGUGGCCGACCUGGUAUUCUCAGGGGCAUGGACCUUCCUGUGGUUUGUGUGUUUCUGCCUGUUGGCCAGUCAGUGGAGUCGCACUCAUGUUGACGGGAGUAUCCCUGAGGACGCUGCACGUGCCACCAUUGCCUUCUCGUUCUUCUCCAUCGCUACCUGGGGAAUCCUAACCUACUUCGCCCUUGGUCGUUUCCGCCACGGUAUCAGCGAUGUCACCAUCCCCACCUACACGGAGCCGCCACCGGAUCACCAGACUCCCUACCCUCCGACCUACGCGCCCACCUCGUACAACCCCACUACGUACACCCCUACUACGUACGCACCCUACCCCAGCAACAUACCUGACGUGCAACAGCAGCCUCCCUUCACGUCAAGCUUCCAGCCGCAGGGAGACUACCAGCCGCCCAACUACUGA